GUAUCAAAUAUAACCAGAGUUUCAUCCAGCGUUUAAUCAUCAGCAGAGAAACUGCACGUCUCUUUAACCUCUCAUCUGAGGCCUGAGAUAUGUUCGCUACUGACGACGAAGACGGAGAUUUCUUGUCUCCUACCGGGGGGGCAAAGCUGGCAUCUCUCUUUGGUUUGGAUCAGGCGGCCAGCCAGGGCAACGAGUCAUUCCAGUACACGGCCCCCAAACAACCUCGCAAAACCUCCUUGAACUCAGGUGCCCCUGCUCAGAAGCCUGCUGCUCCUCAUGGUUCUCCUGCAGUGCUCUUAGCCACAGCAGUUCAGGCCUACAGAUAUGUUAAUGGACAGUAUAUGAAGCAAGGCAAGCUGGGUGCAGCAGUGUUGGGAAGCCACACAGCCAAGGAGUAUAAGUUGCUGCUCUACGCCAGUCAGCAGAAACAGGUGACAGCAGCCAGAAUCCACUCGGGCUUCAUCUUCACUGUCCAGCCUAGUAACUACUGCACCUUCUAUGAUGACCAGAGGCAGAACUGGUCCCUUAUGUUCGAGUCAGAGAAAGCAGCCACAGAUUUCUGCAAAGAGGUGUGUCUGGCUAAGGUGAGCUCUGCUCAGCUGGAGACAGUGAUGACCCAGGACCUGGUUCUUGGAGAGGGUCAGGCUGUGGAGAACGGGGACUCGCUGGAGGUGGCCUACACUGGCUGGCUGCUGCAGGACCACACCAUCGGCCAGAUGUUUGACACUAAUCUAAAUAAAGACAAGCUGCUUAGAUUGAAACUCGGCGCUGGAAAAGUCAUCAAGGGCUGGGAGGAUGGGAUGCUGAGCAUGCGUAAAGGUGGAAAGCGUCUGAUGGUGAUCCCGCCUGCGCUAGCAUAUGGCUCACAGGGCGUCCCAGGUCGUGUUCCAGCAGACAGCACUCUGGUGUUUGAGGCAGAGAUCCGCAGGGUGAAGUUUGCCAAGGAGAGCAGCUCUGAGAGGUUAGCUGUGGGCUCCAGAGACUCUACCAUUCCUUCCCCUGCCCCCAGUUUAGACAGCCUGGGGCCUGACCUCAGCCAGCAAGCCCCCAGCACUACUUCAGCACCCAGCAAACCAAGUGAACCGCCACUCAGAGCUAAAUCCAACUCGCUGAGUGAGCAGCUGUCUAAUCCGGAUGCCACCAAAGCCAAACUCAUCUCUCGCAUGGCUAAGAUGGGUCAGCCCAUGUUGCCCUUCCUUGCCGGUGCAGCUUCAUCAUCUUCACAAGCCGAGUCCAGCGACUCUGAACUGGAGGACCCGAGUGUAUCUCGACUGAAGGAGCGUCCUGCCGCUCCCUCUCCUCAACCAGUCCACCUCUCCUCUGCUCCAUCAGCCUCCAUACAGGCUUUGAUGCCUGUUUCCAUGGUGACAGCCAAUCCCCAGCCUGUGAUGCCUGCAGCGGUUCAUGCCUUCCAGCCAUGUUCUUACACUCAGUCCACUGUGGCUCCCUCUCACUUGCAGCCUGUUGGACAGAUGUAUCCCACACAGACUGUGCCUUACCAAGGAAGUGGUGAUGUCACGUCCUUCUUGAUGACUGAGGCCCGGCAGCACAACACCGAGAUCCGACUGGCUGUCGGCAAAGUAGCCGACAAAGUGGACCAGUUAUCUGCCAAGAUGGAGGAGCUGCACAAACAAGGUGGCCUCUCACUAGGCUUGUCCAAUGUUUCCAUGGAAACAGCGAUGAUCAUGCACAACAUUCAGCGUAUUAUCCAGGAAAACGAGUGCCUGAAGAAGGAAGUGUUUGAGAAGAGCUCACGCAUCGAAGAGCAAAACCGCAAGAUAGGAGAGCUCAUCAACCAGAAUCAGAGGUACAUGGAACAGAGUAAUAUGUUGAUGGAGCAGCGGAACGACUCUAUGAAGAGCUCAAGUGAGCAGAACCAGGCUCGAAUACUGCAGGCAGAACAGGACAAGCCUGCAUUGCCACAGGACCUGGGCAGGAACCAGGCGCGGCUUACGGAGGAGUUGGCAAGCUCUACAGCGCGAGUGUCAGAGCUGCAGUUGGAGUUGACCGCGCAGCGGCAGAAAUCCGCAGGGCUGCAGACCAGCCUGAGCACUGCCCUGCAGCAGGGUCAGCAACACAGUGAGAAGAUCACUGCCCUGGAGAGCCAGCUGCAGGAGCUGAAAGAAGCAGCAGAGCAGACGCAGACUCAGUACAGAGCAGAGAAACAGAAGCGAAAGGAGGCUGAGCUUAAACUGAGCAACUUGGAUGAAGAGCUGCAGGACCUGAAGAGUGAGAAAGAGAGUCUGGACCGAACUCUGUUGGAUAGGAAGAGGAAGUGGCAGGCAGAGAGGCAGCGCUGUGAUGAGGAGCUGGAGGAGGUGAGGAAGGCCAGCCAGCUGGAGCUGGACAACCUCCGGAGCCAACUACGUAAAGCUCGGACCAGCACUGACCACUUAGCUGCCGAACAGUUGGCUCAGAUGCAGGCGGAUGUGGAGCGUGAAUGGCAGGCUAAGUGUGAGCAGGCUCUGGCAUCAGCACGAGAGCAGCAAAGCCGUCAACUGUCUGAUCUAACAGAGCAGAGAGACGCACUGCAGCUCAAACUCACUCAGCUACAGGAGAAGUUCUCGACUCUCAAGCAGUCUCGGGACGAGGAGGAGCAACGGUUACUACAGCAACAGGAGCAGGGGGAGGAGCUCGAAGCCCUCAAAGAGAAGUGUUCUGCUUUAGAGCAAAGAGUACAGUUCCUGAGGCAGCAGGGAGAGGCUCGUGUUUUGGAGUUGGAGAGGAGGAUGGCAGAACAGCAGCAGCAGACAGACACUGCAGGAGAGGUGAAGCGAGUGAUGAAUGGCGUGUUCCAUUCUUUGCGGGGGGAGUUUGACCUCCAUGAGACAUACACUGGCAGUGAUGUGUUGAAAGUGCUCGUCAACACCAUUAAGAACGUCACCCUGCAGCUGCUCUCGAAAGCAGAGCCAUCCCUGACCCAGAGGAGCGAGAAAGAGGAGGAUGAAGAGGAGGAGAGCAAGAGUGAACCACAGCCUGAGAACCUUCAGCAGGCGCUCCAUGUUAACGGAAGCAAAGAGGAAGAGGAAGAAGAUCAGGUGCUGGCGAAAGAGGAGAGGAGUGAUGUUCCAGAGAAGGUGGAGCAGAAAGAAGGAGACAAUGGAGAAGUAGAAGAGGAGAAGGGCAAACAGGAAGUUGUCAGAGAGAAUGAGGAAGCACAGGAGAUCGUUAGUACAAAGGAGGAACAGGAACCACUUCUAACAGACGGUGAGGUUGAAGCACCACAGAUUCAGACGCAGAAUGAAGUAAUUUCUGAAGAUGAUGUAAAUGCAGCUCCAGUAUGUGACAUCAUACCUGUAGAGGAAGUGAAGGUUGACAGUGAGAGUGUUGUAGAUCUGAAAAGUGAGCAAGAUGAGUCUAAAUCCAUGGGACCCCCAAAGAACCCCCCACCACCCCCCAACCCUCUGCAAGAGGAUGACACAGCCACAGCUACGCAGCCCACCAGCCCCUCUGAGAGGGUAGAAGGGGGAAAUUCAGAGGACCCAUUCUUCCAGAGCCCCGCCCCUACCAAACUCCCACCGCCCGCCACCACCGAGGAAGAGGAGGAAGAGCUGAGCUUAAAGGGACGCCCCCCUCCCGCCCCCCUGUUCGGUGACGAUAGUGACGAGGACGAUCUGGACUGGUUGGGCUGACCUGACCUCUAAAUCCACACAGUCAGAAACACCACUGCUUGUUUCCAUGGCAACGGUUGCCAUUGAGAUUGGAUGCAACAAAGAUGGAACUCAAGGAUGUGGAACAAGGAGACGGAGCUGAGGCUCCUCCUUUUCCGAACCCUUUCAGUAUUGAGUUCAGAAACAUCACAUUUCUGUUGACGGAGGACACCAGCAUGUCCUUUGAUACAUACUGACCUUUUUGACAUGGGAAGUGAAUCAGGGGCCUGAACUGACCACAGCUGCUUCGCAAGUUUGAUAACCAAUCACACAUUCUGCACUCAAAUUUAGCUCUCAAAUUAAACUUUCAUUUGUAGCCUGAAAUGCGAUCCUGAGGAGUGGACUUAAAAAUGUUUUAAUCUACAAUAAUUUAUGAUUGAACGGCCUCUUCUGUGAAACAGGGUUUUUUUUGUGUGUAACGGUAAUAAGUGUUGACGUCGGCUUCCUACUGUAGGGAUGAGUCUUAGUAUUUGUAAUCUUUGCUAACAAGGUGUUGUGGAUUAAUAAAAAAUGGACUGGAUCAUUUUUUCAA